AUGUCGCGGUUGCACCAAAGCAGGAUCGCGGACUUCCAGGAGGUGCUCGGAGAACCCACGGUGGCGCUGGCCAAGCUCCGUGAGCUCUGCUUUAGCGGGAUUCCCUUCGAUGGAGGGCUGCGCUGCCUGUGCUGGAAGAUCCUCCUGAACUACCUCCCUUUAGAGAAGGCCUUAUGGAGCUCCUUGUUGAAGAAACAGAGGGAUCUGUAUUCCCAGUUCCUCAAGGAAAUGAUUAUCCAGCCUGGGAUUGCCAAAGCCAACCUGGGUGUCUCGAGGGAAGAUGUGACCCUGGAAGAUCAUCCUCUCAACCCCAGUCCAGACAGCCGCUGGAACAACUACUUCAAGGACAACGAAGUGCUGCUGCAGAUAGACAAAGACGUCAGGCGGCUGUACCCCGACAUGGCCUUCUUCCAGCGUCCCACCGACUACCCCUGCCUGCUGGUGCUAGACCCCCAGAGCGAGUUCGAGACCCUGCGCCGCCGAGUGGAGCAGACCACACUGAAGGCACAGCCUGUGGCACGCAGCCGCAGCGGCUUCACCAACGUGAGCUCCCCUCUGAAGGCAGCUCCCAGCUCCCUGAGCGAGUACGAGGUGCUGCCCAACGGCUGCGAGGCUCACUGGGAGGUGGUGGAGAGGAUCCUCUUCAUCUAUGCCAAGCUGAACCCUGGCAUCGCCUAUGUGCAGGGCAUGAAUGAAAUCGUGGGGCCCCUGUACUACACCUUUGCUACAGACCCCAACAGUGAGUGGAAAGAGCAUGCUGAAGCAGACACAUUCUUCUGCUUCACCAACCUCAUGGCUGAGAUCCGGGACAACUUCAUCAAGAGCCUGGAUGAUUCCCAGUGUGGCAUCACCUACAAGAUGGAGAAGGUCUAUUCUACCCUGAAGGAGAAGGAUAUGGAGCUGUACUUGAAGCUGCAAGAGCAGAACAUCAAGCCCCAGUUCUUCGCCUUCCGCUGGCUGACGCUGCUGCUGUCCCAGGAGUUCCUGCUGCCCGACGUCAUCCGCAUCUGGGACUCGCUCUUCGCCGAUGCCAAGCGCUUCGACUUCCUGCUGCUGGUCUGCUGUGCCAUGCUGACGCUGAUCCGGGAUCAGUUGUUGGAAGGAGACUUCACUCUGAACAUGAGGCUGCUGCAGGAUUAUCCCAUCUCGGAUGUUCACCUGAUUCUGAAGAAGGCAAAGGAACUUCAGGACUCCAAAUAGUCCAUGAGCCCAACAGAAGUGUUAGAGAAACUGGGGGCCCAGGAGGUGCCCCCACACAGUGUGGUGCAUUCCAGCUCCUAGUGGUCUCUGCAGGACUUGGGGUUUCGUGUUUGGGCUGCUGGCCACCUUGGAG